GUGAUGUUAUGUUCGACGCUUACAAAAUUUUACAAAUGACAAGAUGGCGACUGCAAGCACGGAGAGAAGAUUUCGGAUUUGAACCGGACAUUUUCUCGUUUCUAACGAUGAGAUACCACCAGUCGCCAGGCCUUGUGUUAAUGGUCAGUGUAAGCUGGAGUUACUCAAGCUAGGUCAGUGAUGGCGGAGAGACAAUGAGAGAGCUUGCAAGCCCUGUGUGAUUGGUCAGUGUUAGGGGCGUGAGCUUGACAUCUUGAUUCUGGUUGCAUUCCUGCUGUGUGACAACACUGACGACAAACUGUUCUCCACUGUGAAAUCUUGUGAUCAGAAGCAAUCGCCGACUGACCUGUGGUAGAUCAACAUUCAGGCAGUGUUAUGAUGCUCUCAUAAUCUGUGGCAUGCUGUAAAAGGCAAAAGGUUGCAAUGCAAGGCACUUGUUUGAACUACAUGUAUUGCCGGCUAUCAAGAUAAGAGAUCCAUAACAUUGGACACAAAAAUUGAAAACAAUUUUGCGUUUUCUCUAAAAAAAACUUCGUCAUCAAGCUUUAACCUGAAGUGCUACAAGUACAAGGUGUGGACACAUCUGAGACACUGUUUCCUCACGAGACCUGUGGUACAACUGUUCUGAGCGAGGGAGUCUGUGCGCCCAUGCUUGUGAGUCAAGCCUGUAGUAAAGCUAUUUACUUCUGAAGGUACGCAUACAGCACAGGGCACAUUCAUGCUACGGGAACAUUCUGAAGAGAAAGGAUAUGUUUUGGAAGAUCAACAUCCAGCCAGUCCGAUGAUGCUCUCAAAAUCUGGGGCAUGCUGUAAAAGACAAAAGGUUGCAGUGCAAGGCACUUGUUUGAACUACAUGUACUGUCGGCCAUCAAGAUAAGAGACUCAUAACAUUGGACACAAAAGUGAAAACCAUUUUUUGUUUUCAAGCUUUAGGAAGUGCUACAAGGGAGUGGACACAUCUGAGACACUGUUUCCUCAUGAGACCUGUGGUACAACUGUUCUGAGCGAGGUAAUCUGUGCGUCCAUGCUUGUGAGAAACCAUUUUUGAGUGAGGCCUUUGGUAAAGCUUUUUUACUUCUGAAGGUACGCAUACAGAACAGGGCACAUACAUGGUACAAGAACAUUCUGAAGAGAAAGGAUAGGUUUGUAAGACCUCCAGUAAAGUCCAUCCGCAGCAAGGUACACGUAGUCUAAACAGAUGUGAACAGUAUGCAGACUGGUGAGAAACCAUUUGCCUGUGAGACCUGCAGUAAGGCCUUUACUAGCCAAAGAUAUCUUCAAGAACAUAUCCGGGUGCACACUGGUGAGAAACCAUUUGUGUGUGUGACCUGUGGUAAAGCCUUUUCUCAGCAUGGUAGUCUAAACAGACAUAAAACGAUGCACACUGGUGAGAAACCAUUUGUUGGUGAGACCUGUGGUAAAACCUUUUCUCAACAAAAGAUUCAAAACAAACAUGAAAAGAUGCACACUGGUGAGAAACCAUUUGUUUGUGUGACCUGUGGUAAAGCCUUUUCUCAUCAAAGUAGUCUAAGCAGACAUGAAAAGAUGCACACUGAUGAAAAACCAUAUGUUUGUGAGAUCUGUGGUAAAACCUUUCCUUUUCAAAGUUAUCUAAGCGCACAUCAGAGGGUGCAUACAAGAGAGAAACCGUUUGCUUGUGAAUUCUGCGGUAAUACCUUUUCUUACCCAAGACAUCUUCAAGAACAUAUCAGGGUGCACACUGGUGAGAAACCAUUUGUUUGUGUGACAUGUGGAAAAGCCUUUUCUCAGCGGAGUAGUCUAAACAGACAUGAAAAGAUGCACACUGGUGAGAAAGAGCUUGUUGGUGAGAACAGUGGUAAAGCCUUUUCUAUUCAAAGUAAUCUACCCGCACAUGAGAUGGUGCAUACGAGAGAGAAACCUUUUGUUUUUGAGACAUGUGGUAAAGCUUGUGCUACUCGGGGUGAUCUUGGCAUACAUGACAGGGUGCACACUGGAGAAAAACCGUUUGUUUGUGGUCUUUGUAGCAAAGCCUUCACUCAGCGAGGUUAUCUUCAAGAACAUAUCAGGUGUCACACUGAAGAGAGACCAUUUCAUUGUGAAACCUGUGGUACAGCCUUUUCUCAGCCAAGUAGUCUAAUCGGACAUGAACAGAUGCACACUGGUGAGAAACCAUUUGUUUGUGAGACCUGUGGUGAAGCCUUUGCUAGUAAAUGUAAUCUACGCGCACAUGAAAAGGUGCAUAUGGAAGAGAAAUUAUUCGUUUGUGAGACCUGUGGUGAAGGCUUUUCUAGUCAAAGUUAUCUAUGCACACAUGAGAAGGUGCAUAUGAGAGAGAAACCAUUUGUUUGUGAGACCUGUGGUAAAGCCUUUUCUAUACAAAGUAAUCUAUGCACACAUGAAAAGGAGCAUAAUAGAGAGAAACCAUUUGUUUGUGAGACCUGUGGUAAAGCCUUUAUUGGUAAGAGUUAUCUACGUGCACAUGAAAAGGAGCAUACGGAGGAGAAACUAUUUCUUUGUGAGACCUGUGGUAAAGCCUUUUCUAGUCAAAGUAACCUACGCAAACAUGCGAAGGUGCAUACGGUACAGAAACCAUUUGAUUGUGAGACAUGUGGUAAAGCCUUUUCUCAGAGAAGUAAACUACGCAUACACGAGAGGAUGCACACGGGAGAGAAACCAUAUGUUUGCGAGUUCUGUGGUAAAGCCUUUUCUGACCAGAGUCGUCGAAACGGACAUGAAAAGAUGCACACUGGUGAGAGAACAUUUGCUUGUGAGACCUGCGGUAAAGCAUUUCCUUGUCAAAGUAAGCUACUUGCACAUGAGAGGGUGCAUACUGGAGAGAAACCAUUCGAUUGUAAGAUCUGUGGUAAAGCCUUUUCUGACCAAAGUCAUCGAAGCAGACAUGAAAAGAAGCACACUGGCGAGGGAACAGUUGCUUGUGGUAAAGCCUUUCCUCAGAGAAGUAAACUACACAUUCAUGAGAAGAUGCAUAUGAGAGAGAAACCAUUUGUUUGUGAGACCUGUGGUAAAACCUUUUCUCAAAGAAGUAAACUACGCAUACAUGAGAGGAUGCACACUGGAGAGAAGCCAUAUGUUUGUGAGUUCUGUGGUAAAGCCUUUUCUGACCAAAGUCAUCGAAACAGACAUGAAAAGAUGCACACUGGCGAGAGAACAGCUGCUUGUAAGAUCUGUGGUAAAGCCUUUUCUCAGACGAGUAAACUACACAUUCAUGAGAAGAUGCACACUGGAGAGAAACCACAUGUUGGUGAGUUCUGUGACAAAAGUCGUCGAAACGGACAUGAAAAGAUGCACACUGGUGCCAGAACAUUUGCUUGUGAAACCUGUAGUAAAGCAUUUCCUUGUCAAAGUAAGCUAAUCGCACAUGAGAGGGUGCAUACUGGAGAGAAACCAUUCGAUUGUAAGAUCUGUGGUAAAACCUUUUCUGACCAAAGUCAUCGAAGCAGACAUGAAAAGAUGCACACUGGUGAGAGAACAGUUGUUUGUGAGACCUGUGGUAAAUCCUUUUCUUGUCUAAGUAGUCUACUUGUACAUAAGAGGGUGCACACUAGAGAGAAACCAUUCGAUUGUAAGAUCUGUGGUAAAGCCUUUUCUGUCCAAAGUCAUCGAAACAGACAUGAAAAGAUGCACACUGGUGAGAGAACAGUUGCUUGUGAGACCUGUGGUAAAUCCUUUCCUUGUCCAAGUAGUCUACUUGUACAUAAGAGGGUGCACACUGGAGAGAAACCAUUCGAUUGUAAGAAAUGUGGUAAAGCCUUUUCUCAGAGAAGUAAACUACGCAUACAUGAGAGGAUGCACACUGGAGAGAAACCUUAUCUUUGCGAGUUCUGUGGUAAAGCCUUUGCUGACCAAAGUCGUAGAAACAGACAUGAAAAGAUACACACUGCUGAGAAACCAUAUAUUUGUGAGACCUGUGGUAAAGCCUUUUUUCGGAAAAGUAAACUACGCAUACAUGAGAGGAUGCACACUGGAGAGAAACCAUUUGUUUGUGAGACCUGCGGUAAAGACUUUGUUGUUAAAUGUAAUCUACGUGCACAUGAGAAGGUGCAUACAGGAGAGAAACUAUUUGAUUGUGAGACCUGUGGUAAAGCCUUUUCUCAGAGAUGUAGACUACGCAUACAUGAGAGGAUGCACACUGGAGAGAAACCAUAUGUUUGUGAGUUCUGUGGUAAAGCCUUUGCUGCCCAAAAUCGUCUAAAUGUGCAUGAAAAGAUACACACUGUCGAGAGAACAUUUGCUUGCGAGACCUGUGGUAAAGCCUUUCCUUGUCAAAGUUAUCUCCGCAAACAUGAGAAGGUGCAUACUGGAGAGAAACCAUAUAUUUGUGAGACCUGUGGUAAAGCCUUUUCUCAGAAAUGUAAUCUAGGUGCACAUGAGAAGGUGCAUACAGGAGAGAAACUAUUUGAUUGUAAGAUCUGUGGUAAAACCUUUGCUCUACGAGGAAAUCUAAAAUCACACAAAAAGAUACACGAAGGAAAACGUUUGCUUAUGAUAAGGGUUUUCUUGAUCAAAGGACCAGUAGUCUAAGUACACAUUGGAGGGCCGGUGCUGGCAAGUAAUCCGCUCUGGCAAAAAAACAAAAACACUACUUUAUGAGAUUUUUGGUGUAAAGCCUUUUCUGAACAGGGUCAUCUGAGUACACAUGAAAGGGUCCACUAGUGGCAAACCACUAGAGAAAUUGUUUUAAUUUGUGGUAAAGCCUAUUUCAUCUAAGUGUGCAAAGUAGGGGGGGGGGGUUGUCAACACUGGUGAGAAAGCAUUUGGAUGUCAGACAUGUAAAAUCCUCUACAAACAAAAUUCCCUAUUUAACCCUAACCACCCCAAUUCCAUCAAAAUUCAUCCCCCCAUUUUUGGUGGAUUUUGGGGGACUUGGUCCAGAAGACCUGGCGUGACUAAAAAUUGAUGGAGUACGUUGGACUUGGGAUUUAAUGGCCUGAAAUAGUGCUUGGGGUAUGCGAUUGAUUUUGCCUAGCUUCCUGUUCUGCUAUUGUGAUAAAAGCCAUGUGUAGCAAGUCCAUGAAUGUCAUUGUCAACCUAUGCAUCAGUGGUGGAU